CUUCUAAUAGCUAUUUCAAGGUAUUUUAUGCAAUAUUCUAACUCACCUACGUUGGAAUUCAUUCGCGAAUGAUUUUACCAAACCAAAUAUGACAUCUGUGCACCAUUAUUCCAUCUGGAUCCUUCUCAUCUGCAGUGGUUCGUCGGUUCUAGGAGGCAAUCAACCAUACACUGAAGAAAGCGUAAAUAAAUUCAAAGAUUUAUUGGAGAAAUCCAAGAACCUGUUGGUGAUAUCGGGUCAUGGGAUGACUAUGGAAACAGGAGGUGUCACGUAUCGUGCAGCCGAUCAAAAAUUCAGACGUCGUUUUGUCAAAGAUAUCUGUACACACAAGACGUUCGAUAAAAAUCCUGAAAUAGCGUGGCAAUUCUACGGGUACUUGCAAGAGGUGGCUUUAUGGUCGGAUCCUCACGAGGGUCACAAAGCAGUAACCAGGUUGCAAAAAAGGUAUCUGAGGGCUGGCAAAGUGUUCAAUGUGGCUACCCAUAAUGAUGACGAUUUACAUCAACGAGCUCAUACUAAGAAUGUCAUCGAGAUGUUCGGAUCGAGGUUCAGGACUAAAUGCGUGAAAUGCGGAUUCGCCAAAGAGAAUCGUUCGACGACUACUUGGGAUGAAAUUGUCGCAGAGAAGAGGAUUACAACGGGGAAAAAUCCUAAAGAUGCAUUACCGCAUUGUCCACGCUGCGAUGGGUUAAUGAGACCGGAUACGAUAUGGUAUGAUGAAAAGAUGAACGAAACCAUCGAUAAACAAAUAGAAGAACUAGCUCAACAGGCUGAUCUAUACAUCGAACUGGGUGUUACCCCGACCAUAUUCCCAUCCAAGAGUUACUUCCCAAUUAUUCGAAAAAGGAAGAUCCCUUGUGCUGAAUUCAAUGCAAAAACGACACCAAAUUCGCAAGAUUUCACGUUUGUGUUCACUGGACCUUUGGCAGUUACUGUAGAAGAUAUAACAGCAUAUUGGAACAGAUCCCUCAUUGGAGAGCUUAUCAUUUACGACUAACUCGUCUAGAGCCAAAGUCAUUCGAAUUCGAGAUUAAAACCCAGCUCGGCUGCACCCAGGAGCCCCAGGAUACUGAAUUUUAGUCAACUUUUUGGUACAGGGUGUAAUUCUCAGAUAUUUUGAAAAAUUGCGACUGAUUUGAAAUGCAUUCCUCACUUCGAUGACUGAAAUUUAAUUAAUAAACUUUUGUACAUUCUU